CGGGCCGGGCUCGGCUGCGAGCCCCCUCCCCGUCUCCCCGGCUCGGGUGGGGGCUUUUCCCGCUUCCCUUCUUUCUUUCCGUCCCUAUGGAGCAGCCGCCCUCGCCGGCCGACCAUGCCUAGGAAAGCGGGGAAUGGGCAGCUCCCCUUACCCGAUGGCUGGGAGGAGGCGAGGGAUUACGACGGCAAAGUCUUUUACAUCGACCACAACACCAAGCAGACCAGCUGGAUCGACCCCAGGGACAGGUUAACAAAACCCUUGUCGUUUGCGGACUGUGUUGGGGAUGAACUACCAUGGGGAUGGGAAGCUGCAUAUGAUCCCCAGAUUGGUGUGUACUACAUCGAUCACAUCAACCAAACGACACAAAUAGAAGAUCCCAGGAAACAAUGGAGGCAAGAACAAGAGAGAAUGCUGAAAGAUUAUCUUAUGGUAGCCCAGGAUGCUCUCAGUACUCAGAAGGAACUUUACCAGGUGAAAGAACAGAGGCUAGCACUUGCACUGGAUGAGUAUGUACGGUUGAAUGAUGCCUACAAAGAAAAAUCAAGCUCUCGUACAAGCUUAUUCUCAGGCUCUUCAUCAAGCACAAAGUAUGACCCUGAUAUUUUGAAGGCUGAAAUCUCCACUACAAGAUUAAGGGUUAAGAAGCUGAAGAGGGAGCUCUCUCAGAUGAAGCAGGAGCUGCUGUACAAGGAGCAGGGCUUUGAAACACUGCAACAAAUUGACCAAAAAAUGUCUGGAGGCCAGAGUGGGUAUGAACUAUGUGAGGCUAAAGCCAUCCUGAGUGAACUGAAAUCCAUCAGAAAGGCGAUAAGUUCAGGAGAGAGAGAAAAACAAGAUUUAAUGAAGAGUCUUGCAAAACUGAAAGAGAAAUUCAAUCUUGACCAGAAUAUUGGGACAUCGGAACCAGACCUGAGUUCCAGCUCUGUAAAUUCCCAGCUGUGUUUUUCUAGACAAACUCUGGAUGCAGGGUCUCAGACUGACAUUUCUGGUGAGGUUGGAACAAGAAGUAGAUCCAAUUUAGCAGAGAAGGUCAGACUAAGUCUUCAAUAUGAAGAGGCAAAGAGAAGCAUGGCUAACUUGAAGAUCGAACUGUCUAAGUUAGAUAGUGAGGCCUGGCCUGGGGCACUGGAUGUGGAAAAGGAAAAAUUGAUGCUAAUCAAUGAAAAAGAAGAGCUUUUAAAAGAACUCCAGUUUAUCACACCACGCAAACGUACUCAAGAUGAGCUAGAGCAGCUGGAAGCAGAAAGAAGGAGGCUUGAAGAAGAGCUGCACUCUGUAAAAAGCGAACCCAGUCAAGCACUUGCUGAAAGAUUGAGAUUGGAGGAAAGAAGAAAAGAAUUGGUACAGAAACUCGAAGAAACUACAAAAUUGACAACUUAUUUGCAUUCACAACUUAGGAGCCUCUCAGCUAGUACGCUGUCUGUGUCAUCAGGGAGCAGUCUGGGAUCUCUGGCAUCCAGCCGGGGAUCUCUGAACACAUCAAGCAGAGGGUCGCUCAACUCGCUCAGUUCCACGGAUCUCUAUUAUAACCAAGGCGAUCAAAUAACAGAUUUGGACUAUCAGUAUAAGCUUGACUUCCUACUGCAAGAAAAAAGUGGUUACAUUCCUUCAGGGCCUAUCACUACUAUUCAUGAAAAUGAAGUGGUCAGCUCCCAUGGCAGACUAGGUUACAGUGACUCUCCUUCAGCCACAGACCAGCCCAAGCUGACUGAGCCUCCCAAAUCUGUGACAUCGCUGUCUUCCAGGUCUUCACUGUCCUCCUUGUCUCCCCCAGGCUCCCCUUUGGUUUUAGAAGCUGCAUUUUCUGUCUCUGCUCAAAAUUCCCCUCUGCAUCACCUCACUACAGACUUUGAAGACUGUGAUUUUGCAGGCAUCAGUCUCUGUGAGAACCAAAUAUUAUUGGACUCUGAAGCCAGAGCAGGAUCUCAGAUUCCUACAGACGAUAAGGGUCUUCAUGAAAGCAUUAGACAGCCUUUGUCUUCUCUGCAUGAAGGAAGUUCAGGUGUUGACUUGCCAAGAAGAGCAGCUAGUCAUCUCCUUGCAGAGAAGACAGCUUGUGUAUCUGCUGCUGUGUCUGAUGAGUCUGUAGCUGGAGAUAGUGGUGUAUACGAAGCUUCUGUGAAACAUCUAAAUGAAACCGAGGACAUUGUAUACAGUGAAGAUGAUGCAACAGCACUAGAGUCUGCCCAAGUUCAAAUAGGACUCAGAUAUGACCACAGCAAUUCAAGUUUUGUGAUAAUCAUAGUCCAGCUCAGAAAUCUGCCAGUGUUUUCUGUUCCCCUUGGCUCUAAAGUGUAUAUUAGAGUAGCAGUACUUCCAUCCUCAGCUGAUACCAGCUGUCUGUUCCGCACAAAAGUUCAUCCUGCCAUGGAAACCAUUUUACUCAACGAGAUAUUCAGAGUUGCCAUUUCCCAAGGAACACUGCUACAGAAGACACUGAGAGUAGAUGUUUGUGCGGUCAGUCGAAGCCGUCGGGAAGAAUGCUUGGCUGGAACUCAGAUCAGUCUGGCAGAUUUAUCAUUUUCUGAUGAGACUUGUGCUCUGUGGUAUAACCUUCUGUCUUGCAAGCAAAUGCCUGGCAAAAAAAAAAAGGAUCAGAAUGAGGAACCCAUGUUUCUUUUAAGCAAGCAGUCAUCAGACUCAUUGGACUUGGAUGCUGUGUCAGCUCUGCUGGAGAGAACAUCCGCUGAGCUGGAAGCAGUAGAACAAGAGCUGGCUGAAGAUGAGGAGGAAGAGGAUGAACAGGAGGAAAGGGGCUCUGAGGAAGACUGGUUAGAAAUGCUUGCAGAAGCAUCUGAUGAAAUUGGGGAUGAAGAGGAAGAUGGCAUUAAGCUGGCGGUAGAAGGCAACUGUACCGAUGACACGGGGUUAUUCAUUGAUGCAGGAGAAACUGAGGAAGAUGAGAACAGACAGAACAGAGAUGAGGCCCAUGAAAGCCUGCAAGCUGCCGUCAUACUAACACUGGUUGAUAAAGAGACUAACACUGAGGAAUCAGUUAACGAGGAUGCAACAGUCCGACCCAAGGACAGAGCCAGCUGGAGCUCAAGACAGCGUCCCUUUGUCAGGAACAGCAUGAUUGUGCGCUCACAAACCUUCUCGCCAGGCGAGCGGAACCAAUACAUCUGUAGGUUGAGUCGAAGUGACAGUGACAGCUCAACGCUAGCCAAAAAGUCUCUCUUUGUGAGGAAUGCCACAGAAAGGAGGAGCCUAAGAGUCAAACGGCCUGUUUGCCAGCCAAUCAUGCGAAGAGCUACGCAAGAAUGCCCUGUGCGCACUUCCCUCGACUUGGAGCUGGACCUCCAGGCAUCACGGACACGACAGAAUCGACUGAAUGAUGAGCUUCAGGCCUUGCGGGAUCUUAAGCAGAAGCUUGAAGAAAUGAAAGGUAGAGGAGAGACAGACCUUCCCCUGUGCGUACUGGAGGAUGAACGAUUCCAGAAACUCUUGAAACAGGCUGAGAAACAGGCUGAGCAGUCAAAAGAAGAGCAGAAGCGAGGCUUAAGUGCUGAGAAACUGAUGAGGAAAGCUUCGAAGGAUGUAUGCCGGCUACGGGAGCAGAGUCAGAAAGUGCCACUACAGGUGCAAUCAUUCAGGGAGAAGAUAGCAUAUUUCACAAGAGCAAAGAUCAGUAUACCAGCCCUUCCAGCUGAUGAUGUAUAAUCGUGCAUAUUCAUUCAAAUGUUUUUUCCAUUGCCCAUUUUUUUUUUUUUCAGAUGAACUUUGUAUUUCUAGUGACCUGCUUUUACAGCUCUUCUAUUUUACAUUCAAUAUUGAUGCGUUUAUUUGUAAAAUACAGCACAUAGAAUUGUUGUACGUCUAAAAAAAUGACAAAAAAAAAAAAGGAAAACCAAAGUAGAUCAAUUUUGGUAUACUGAUGCUGAUUUUGUACAGUUUGUAUGUAUUGCAUGUGUUUUUAUUUUGUAAAGAUGGAACAAAGGAACAAAGGCAGUACUGGGCAUGUAUCCUGUUGAACCGCACUGUAUUGAGAAAUAUUACGUUCAACAGAAGAUUGUUUAUCUUUUCACUAUUUUCAUGUGAGCAGACUGUGAAGAUGGCUGUUUUGCCAUGCAAUAUUUUUGUAUAAGAGUGUGACUUUUGUAGUUUGAAGUUAACUACAAGUGUAAGUUUCUUUCCAAAACAUCAAGGCUGCCUCACAACAGCUGCUAAUUAGAUUCAUCACCCAUAUUGGAGUUUUUGUUUCUGAAAAAAAAUUUCUUCAGUUCUUGUUCUGUAAUACUGUGUAGGGAGAGACAAAAUUCAGUUCUGUGAAUGUACAGUACUUUAACCUGCACUAAAAGGUUUCUUGCAUCUGUGGGAGAGUGGGGAAAGACAAGGCAGACAAGCAACCCUAAAAACUUCCUGUGAGACUAGCAAAAGGGCAGCUGCUUUCUGAACUGGACGCUGAAUCAAAUUGGUAAUACCAACAGUGAAAUCAGAAUACUUAUAUCUACUGUACACUUAGAAUGAGUUUCUCUGUAUUAGUCUUCUGUCCUAGAGGCUGCCUUAUUGCCAGCUAGGAGAAUAUGAAAGUGUUCAUUAGGUUUACAGUUAUGAAGAGGAUUUUAUGAAAGUAUUUGUACCAGGAGAAAAGUUUGUCCCCAGUAACUUGGAUAUCAGAAGCUUGUUGAAGUAAACUCUGUCUGGAAAAGUAAAGAUCCUAACUAGAAGGCACCAUGUAUCUCAAUACAAUCACGUUAUCCACGUAUGCAUGGCCUUAAUGUCUCAAAAGAGUUAUAAUUGGUGAGAAAAUGGAAGUGAAUAUAACUAACGUUAUGGUAGCAGCUGUCUGAAAUUCGCAGUGACAAUUCUGUGAUGAGAGAUCUGUGUGAGAUCUGUGUAAGCCUUCCCCAAGGGCUUUCUUAUGCACAAAUACAUCAGUUCACUUAAACAUACAGCCAGAUGUGCUAUUUGGGGCAAGAUGCUGGUUAAACAUCAUUUAUGAAUGCCUCACUUGUUUUUUCUUGGUUGGGUUUGAGAUAACAUAUUUGAAAGGUCAAUUAAAAAAAAAAUCUGGAAUUAUUUAAUGUAGAGGUGAAAUGAAGGUUGACAGUUUCAACUUCUCAAUUUGAUUAUAUGUUUGUAGAAUGAUGUUUAGAGAUGUACUCUGUGAUUUUUCUUUUAUUUAUUUACAGUCUUAUUUAUGUUGCGUUUAAUAUAGUUCAGUUCUGGCCAUAAAAAUAUUUCACAUGUGAUGCUAUUGUGAAAAGUAUUUAGAGCUGUCUGAAUUCUUGCCAGAUAAGCUGUUUUUCCUCAUGUGUUGAAUAAUUUUCAAAAAAGUAUUAUCAUAUAUUUGUAAGCAUGGAGUAAGGUCAAAAUUUAAGGAUUGUUGGCCUUAGCUCACAAAACUCAUUGCAAAAUGUGUCUCGUUUUCCAAAUUGGUAAAGUUAAAUAUAUUUUUAGGCAGCUUUUAACAAUUCUGCUUUUUUUUUAAAAUAAAUUUAAAUUAUUCGACCUCAAAACACUGAAUAGAAUAAGCUAACACAUACAAAUAAUCCUGUCAGUUUACAAUUAUAGAUAUUACUCAAAGUAGAAUUUACUCUGCACAGCAGAGUGUAACAAAUGCAAUUAGUUCUGUUUCCAGGUACCACUAUCACUGCAGUUGCAGAUAUCAAAAUUAAACAUUACUGGUACAAGAAUAUUUAACCAAAUGAGCAAAGGUUAGAAAAAAAUUGUAAUAGAAGGCAAAUCAAAUAAGAUUUUUUUAAAAAAUAUUGCUAUGUUUGUGCUGUAUUAAAUAUCAAAUGCUCAGGACUGAACUAAAUAUUUAAUCAGGUUAUAUGCUGAAUGUGGUUCUGUUCUAAUUUUGUCUGUAAAAGUAUGCAAAUACAUCACGUAGAUUAACUUGUCUCUGCACUUUCCAUGUGUUUCAGUGAUUGGAAAAUACAUUUUUUUUUUAACAAA